AUGCGGCAGCUGUGCCGGGGCCGCGUGCUGGGCAUCUCGGUGGCCAUCGCGCACGGGGUGUUCUCGGGCUCCCUCAACAUCCUGCUCAAGUUCCUCAUCAGCCGCUACCAGUUCUCCUUCCUGACGCUGGUGCAGUGUCUGACCAGCUCCACGGCGGCGCUGAGCCUGGAGCUGCUGCGGCGCCUGGGGCUCAUCGCCGUGCCCCCCUUCGGCCUGCGCCUGGCGCGCGCCUUCGCGGGGGUCGCCGUGCUGUCCACGCUGCAGUCCAGCCUCACGCUCUGGUCCCUGCGCGGCCUCAGCCUGCCCAUGUACGUGGUCUUCAAGCGCUGCCUGCCCCUGGUCACCAUGCUCAUCGGCGUCCUGGUGCUCAAGAACGGCGCGCCCUCGCCCGGGGUGCUGGCGGCCGUGCUCAUCACCACCUGCGGCGCCGCCCUGGCAGGCGCUGGCGACCUGACCGGCGACCCCGUCGGGUACGUGACGGGCGUGCUGGCGGUGCUGGUGCACGCCGCCUACCUGGUGCUCAUCCAGAAGGCAAGCGCCGACACCGAGCACGGGCCGCUCACCGCGCAGUACGUCAUCGCCGUCUCCGCCACCCCGCUGCUGGUCGUCUUCUCCUUCGCCAGCACCGACUCCAUCCACGCCUGGGCUUUCCCCGGCUGGAAGGACCCGACCAUGGUCUGCAUCUUCGUGGCCUGCAUCCUGAUCGGCUGCGCCAUGAACUUCACCACGCUGCACUGUACCUACAUCAACUCGGCGGUGACCACCAGCUUCGUGGGCGUGGUGAAGAGCAUCGCCACCAUCACGGUGGGGAUGGUGGCCUUCAACGACGUGGAGCCCACCUCUCUGUUUAUUGCUGGCGUCGUGGUGAAUACCUUGGGCUCCAUUAUUUACUGUGUGGCCAAAUUCCUGGAGACCAGGAGGCAAAGCCACUAUGAGGACCUGGAGUCGCAGCAGCCGGAGGGAGAGGAAACGCAGCCAAGUGGAGACCAGCUGCCAUUCGAGAUGGAGGAGCUGCCCGGGGAGGGUGGAGAUGGAAGGUCAGCGAGUGGGGCGGGAGCAGGUGGCUCGGCUCUUCGGAGUGGGCCGGAGGCCAGGGGCAGCCCCCCAGGGGCUCCGCUGGUCUCUGGGGGCUCCCUGACCCCAGCGAGCUCCGAAGAAGGUAGUAGGAGGUCUCUAAGGGAUGCUUACUUGGAAGUAUGGAGAUUAGUUCGGGGUACCAAGUACAUGAAGAAGGAUUAUUUGAUAGAAAAUGAGGAGUUAGCCAGUCCUUGA